AUGAAUGACUCAGAAGAUACAAAUGGAUUGAAACUCUCCAAGCCCACAGGGGAUUUCGAAGGUCAUGCUCUUCCUGGAUCCUUCUUGCUUAUCCUUGGCCUUUGGUGGAGUUCACUAAGUAUUCUGAAGUUUGUCUGCAAACAGAAAAAAGAGACUUUCUACCUUGGUUCCAAAGCAUUGAUCCAUCGAGCAAAAUUUUUGGAAGGAAUUGUAUUAGUCGGCAUGGUUAUAACUGGCAUAUCUGGCUUACAGAUUUUUGCUGACAGCUCAGAAAUCCAGUUCUUGAGAAUUCUGCGUUUGCAUCAUAUAACCAUAUAUAUCUUCUUUGGGCUACUGGGUGUGGCCAACAUCUUAUGUGCUACCAUUAGUUCACUUCCAGCCUCCUUGAUCAAGUUGAUGUUGUCAAAUGCCUUCUUUGUGCAAACUUUUAUCUUUUAUAACCACACUCAUGGCCGGGACACAGUGGACAUUUUUCUGCACAAACUGUUGGGCUUAGCUGCCUUUUUAGCAGGCCUGGUUUCCUUCAUGGAGGUCCUCACAAAAAAUAAUGCAAUUCUGGAGCUCCUGCGAUCAAGUCUCAUCAUCCUACAGGGGAGCUGGCUAUGGCAGUUGGGUUUCAUUUUAUACAACCCUACUGGAGGUCCUGCAUGGGAUCUGAAGGAUCGUAAUAACAAUAUGCUUCUUAGCAUAUAUUUUUGUUGGCAUUAUGCAUUCACCUUUAUCAUCAUUGGAGUGAAUUACGCUGUUAUCACCUGGUUGGUUAAAUGGAGACUUAGGAAGCUCUGCCUGGCUGAAGUUACACUCCUGAAAAAUGCGGAACGGGAACAAGAAUCGGGAGACGAGAUGUGA